ACCUUUGGAGGGCUGUUUGUGCAACAUUAUUCAAUGGUCCAAUAUGAAUUUGGCCAAUUCUUCCAGUAUGGAAGAAAUCUCUUUGGAUGAUGUGGACAGAACCAGCACAGAAUACAGAGUGCUCAUGGCCUAUGCCCAGCGCCGGCUGUCUGCCAGCAAAUAUGGGCAACUUUUAAAAAGGGAAGCAAAAGGCCAAGAGGGAUCACCCCUAGGCACAGAGGAUGUGGCAGUGGCCCCCAUAGAAGGCCUGUCUCCUGAGAGUCAAGAACAGCCUGCUAGAAAAAGAACAAAGAAGAAGAGGGGGAGGCCCAACUGGAAACACCUUCUGAUUCCUUCUUGUUUAAGACCACAAGCCAACGGUGAACUCCAGAACACACUUGGAUACUGUGAGGGUUCUGCAGAAAGACAUACAUGCAUGUCAAAGGUGGGAGUUGGAAGUGUGCCUACUUUUCCAGCAGAGGUGCAAGAUGAUUCAGACAUCACUCCCGUGGCAGACAGGCUUGCUGAAAUAGUUGAUAAUUAUAGGUCCUACCCUGAAAGUACAGGAUUCAAAUCAUUGGAACGUACUGUGAGCAUCGAAGAGGACUGUGGAGCCACCAGCAAACCUGUAGAUGAAGAAAAUGAUGGAAAAGAUGAGGAAGCAAAGAUAAUUGACACAAUAGUUGACUUGUUAAGAAAAUCAGGAGAUGAACUGCAGGAAAAGGUACAAAAAGAUAAGACUUUUUCUCAGUGUUUCUCAGACCUGAUGUCCUAUGCAUUCUUCACAAAAGUCGCUGACCAGUUCCUAGAAAAAGCAAUCGUAGAUUCAGCGACGGACUGUGAGGGCCAAGUUCAGAGCACCAAAAUUGCUUUUGCCAUGGAAGUCACAACCAGGCUUACUGCUAUGGACAGCCAUCCCAUGAAUAUUGUGCUGGGUUUUGGAACAAAAUACCUCAAGGAACAUUUCAGCUCUUGGAUCUAUAGCCAAGGUGGAUGGGAAAAGGCUUUAGGAUUACCAGAUGAGGAAGACGUGGAAUAAUGAAAGAACGUGUUCUUCAGAAGAUGUUCCUUAAUUUGGACUAGUUGUUUGGAAUGUGGAACAACAGGGAAAUCAUCCCCUCAAAAACUUUAAAAGCCUUGCGUCACAAUUGUCUGCAUGUUUAUACAGAAAGAAAUCCUACAACUUUCAGCAUUGCUCCAUCUAGCCAUGCUGGGAACUGCAGGACUUUUUUCUAUCUAAACAUGCAUAGGGUUGCACCCUUAGUCACUUUUGUAUUGGCAUGGAUACUUGAGUGCAUGUCCAAUGAUUUCUGUCCAAUGUUUUCUGAUGCUGCAGUAUAUUUCACUAGUCAACACUCAGCACAGUGGGGCAAAUGUCAGGAUCCACGGGCCAAGGAAGGCACCCUGGGGCUGAUGCUGUCUUUCCCUCACCCCUUUGUUCUUCUCUCUCUUAACCAAGAAGAACUGGGUGAAGUAGCUUUGCCAUCAUCAUUAUCCCAGUGCCCAUAGGAUUUCUGGCUUAAUGGUGGAAGCUGCAGCCACAUAAUCUCUUGCUUUGCUUCUAAGCCCUGGGCCGAGCACCUCACCUGUCCUUGCUGCUGUUGCUAUUCAGCCUGGUAAAUUUAUUUUGGGGGAAGAGAAGCAACAGGUUGCUGACAUCUUCAUGUUGCAAGAGGAUCCACUAGCGUGGUGCUUGGGGCCCACAGAAGACAAACCUAGUACCAACCCUGCUGUGACAUUCUAGUUCUUUUGCUUAACGGACUUUGAUGAUGCCUUAUUUAGGCUGAUACAUAUCUUUUCCUCCUCAGACAUUUGUAAAGGUGUAAGUGGAAAAUAACAAAAUAAAAUUGAUCAAAAAGGGGUCUGGGGAUGUAGGAUUGAUGGGUUCAGUCUGGGAAGAGGCCUAGAGUGAUGGUCUUUUAAUGAGGUAUUUUAAUAGUGCACAGAAAGAAAAGUUUUAUCAAAUAGUUUGUUCGUUGCUGCAACGUUUGGAGUGCUGAAACGCACAAUGGGGGAGAAUCUGUACCACUUCAGACCAGAUGAAGAGUUGAAUAUUUGUUUUAAUGUUUUCCCACAUGAAAAUUUCCUUGAAGAUACAAAAACUAGUACAUCAAGGACAGGAUUCUAGCUUAGUUUAGCUGUCUUUCCAAUUUACUGUGUGUAGGCCAAUUUUUUUUAUAUGGGUGAGCAUUCAAAUAUGUGACUACCCUACGUUCAAUCUGAAGUGAUACAGUCCAGGAAGAGUUGUACUAUGGGAUUCUCCCAAUGAUUUAUUUCGUGGUGUAAUUGCAAUUGCUGAAAUUCUUACUUCUAUGUAGCUAGGAAAAAAGUAAGAACAUUGCAGCCCUGGGAAUGGAGAGUUUUAAGAACAUUGCACAUUAAUCCCCUUUUAAUGUUUGUUGAAAUGUCUUGGGAGAAUUCUAGUUACUUGGGAAAACAGAACUUUUAAGCCUACCGCUGCCGAUAUUAAUUAUAUCAUACUUGAAACAAUUAUAAGUACUUGAAAGACUUUGAAAGCUAGGCAAUUAUCUGAUUUCAUUGCCUUUCCUUUUCUGUACCUUUCCACAGUAUUUCUUUACCUACAGAAGAGGUGUAAAUGAUUUUAUAACGUUAUAGCUCCCUGCCUUGUGUGUUCUGGAUCAGCUGUUGAGAUCAGGGCCCUCAAGGAAAUCUAACUGCUGGCCAGGGUUUACUAAAUGGUGUUGAAUGAUAGCAAAGCAGCAACAGUAAUGUUUCAAAUUAUAUCCAGUUAAUCCACUCCAUCAAAACUCUGUUUUACUAUGUGCAUCUUUAUCAAGAAGGUCAGUUCCACCUGGGAGUGGGCAUAACGUUUUCUUAAUCCCUCCCCUCUGUGACGUUUAGUUCUGCCUCUUCACUGGAUGAACCAGGAUGCUAGAAUGAAGUGCCAGACAGUAGAUGGCAUGAAUGUGGGUGGUAAACUAUAGCCAUACAAAAACAUCUGUAUCUAUUUUUUUUCUUUCAGUGUUCCUGGAUUAGGAUGACAGGGAUAGAAGACUGAUGGCCAAGAAGGCUGGUUUAUAUUUAAGAUAACUUUUAAUUUAAUCUGUAACCCACAAUGGCCCUGU